AUAUUUCCUCCAAAAUAUCACCAGUUUCCUCUAAAAUUGAGAACUUCAGUGCAUUCGCUUCAUAUACUUCAGAAAGCUAUUCAAAGAGCUGCAUAAAUUUACUUGUUCAAAGAGUGAUCUAUUUAUGUUUCAUCAUAGCAUUCAGAAAAGUUAAAGAGAUGUCUGGAUUUUCAACAGAUCAGGUGUUCAAGUCUCGUGAAGAGUUGAUGGAAUGGGUUAGAAACACCGGACGUAGUCUUGGUUACGCUAUUGUGACUAAAAGAUCGAAAGCUAAAAAUGGCUACGUGUCUAAAGUUGUACUUAUGUGUGAUCGUGGUGGUGUGUAUAAAUCAGAUAAAGAUUCAAGUAGAGAGACCGGCACUAGAAAGAUAAAUUGCCCGUUUGAAAUGGUAGGGAAAUUUUCAAAAAAGAAUGGUUCUUGGACGUUAAAAGUAAAACCUGGUGAGCAUAAUCAUCCACCCGGAGAAUAUAUGGAGGGACACCCAAUCCUCAAAUGA